AUGGGUGGACUGAUUAAAUUUUUACCCGUUACUUAUUCCUUAUUAAUGGUAGGAACUAUUUCAUUAAUGGCUUUACCUUUUGUUUCGGGUUAUUAUAGUAAAGAUUUAAUAUUAGAAUUAGCUUAUAGUAAAUAUAGCUUUAGUGGAACUUAUGCUUUUGUAUUAGGUUCAUUAACUGCUUUUUUAACUGCUUUUUAUAGUUUUAGGUUAAUAAGUUUAGUUUUCUUAACUUCGCCUAAUGGGGGUAAAUUAACAUAUUUAAAUUCACACGAGUCUAGUUUUAUAAUGAUAUUACCUAUGAUUAUUUUGGGUAUAUUUAGUAUUUUUUUUGGUUAUAUCUUUUCAGAUUUAUUUGUUGGAAUUGGUACUGAUUUUUUAGCGGGAACUGCUUCUAAAGGAAGUGAUGCAUUAUUUAUACACCCUGAUAAUGUAACAUUAGUUGAGGCUGAAUUUAGUUUACCCGUAAUUAUUAAACUUUUACCUACUUUUUUAAGUAUAAUUGGAGCUUUAUUAGCCUUAUAUCUAUAUAAUAAAAAUAUUAAUUUUAUAAUAAAAUUAACUGAAACAAUAUUUAUAUCAAAAAUAUACACUUUUUAA